AUCAAAAGAAAAAGGCAAAAAGCAAAACAAUAAUCAAUACGACCUAUACUACGACUUUAACUAUAACUACCACCACUACCAUGAGCACUACCAUGACCAAUAAUAACACCACUCAGGAGCUGCAGAAAAAGGCAGAAUUAAAGUCCCUUACUCUGGAGGCUAUUGUAAAGGAGUGUUCCGACAAAUUGUUUUCGGAGCAUUCGGAUUUGCGCGCUAUUGCUGAGGGACUUGCCGCAGGACGGGAACUAGACCUCACCAUGUUGACAGGUGGACUAUGCAACUACAGCUACAAGGUUCAUUUCAAAGAUCACGAGAAAGAMAAAGAUGUUGCUCUCUUUGCCAAGAUGACCUUUGGACAGCCAGUCAUACAUCCCGGUAUGAACUGUCCCCUAAAUAGAACCAACUGCGAAUACCAAAUGAUGGAUUCAUACUCCAAGGUCUCACCCUUUCCAGAAACAACAGUAAUACCUUAUUUUUGCAUCGAUGUGGAGGGUGGAGAAGACAACAUGAAGAUUCUAGCAACUAAAUUUGCUCCAUCAAAUCUAGAAGAACAKGCGGGGCACGUAUUUAUCGAGGGGGGAAUUGUUGGCGAUGAAUUUGCAAGCAAUCUGGCUGCUGGAUUGGGGGCCCUCCAUAACUCAGAAGUUACUAAUCGCAACUUUAAUGGUGAAAUGAGGCCCUUCUUUUUGGCCUUGACUGAUUUAUUUUUUUCUAUCUUUGACAGAUAUGUUGGUUCGGGUGGAGAUGAAGACAAUGAAAGCAAAAACAAAGAAGACAAAGAAGAAGAAUCGGACAUGGCUUCAGAAUUUGCCAAAUCGCUCGGAAAAGGAAAAUUGGACAAUAUUGUGGAAUCGUACCGUGCAUGUGUUCUUCGCACAGACUGCUAUAUUCAUGGCGAUUGUCAUCCCUUCAACAUUCUUGUAGAAGGAAAACCAAAGAGGCUGGGUGGUCUGAUCGAGUCCUUUCAGGACGAAGUAAAUGGCAACAAUUCCAGGAACAAUGAUGGCAAAUACUGUAUCAUUGAUUGGGAAUUUACGCAUUGUGGACCUAUGGGCAAAGAUAUUGGAUUUUUUAGUGCCUUUCCCAUUGCCUGCCUCUUCGCCCAUGCGGCACAAGGAGAUGCUGUAUCAUCAGAGAGUAUUUGUGAAUUUUUGACAACCCUCUGGAAGGAGUAUUCCCAGGUUAUCAAGUUGGACAAAAAGGAAAACCUAUCCCUCAAUGAUGUAUACCGCCAAGUCUUGGGCUUCUCAGGUGCCUUUCUGAUGGGAUACGGUGCCGAUGGAUUCCAUAUGGAAUAUCUUCCAGUCAAAGAGGACGACACAGCUGAACACAUUUUGAACAAGGUCAGGGCAUCCUUAAGAUUAUUGGGUCUGAAGGUCCUUAACUGGGGAUUUGGUGACGAGGGAGAGACUCUAACACUAGAAGAUUUACAAUGUCGUUUCAACGAGGCCAUUCGAGAAGAAAUGAAUCGUUUGGCACCACCGGUGGCUCUGAAGUCAAGGAAACGGCGAUCUUCCAUCCUCCGAGAAACUGGACACCGGGUCAGUGAUUCCCAUAUUCUAUUUGGUUUUUCAGAGGAGUUCAGGCGAACCAGCAUUUUGUCAAGAUCUUGUGCUGUUUCGCCUCGGAAGAGUCUUGUCAAGCGAGCGUCGAUCUUACAAGCGGAAAAGGUGGUUGCCUGAUAGGACUAUGAGUGUUAGUUGGRAUCUAUUUAUCURCAAACAUUGCUAUGUAAUUAUCCUUGUCUGGGGGAUCAUUGAUUUUCCUAGAUGACAAGAAAUAUAUCCCAAUCAA